AUGCCACUCACAAAUAUUAACGACGAACUAUCCCCUCCCCAAGACGAGAAUAUGCCUAUCGAACUCGUCAACUCGCCUCUUCAAUGGCACCUAGCUCAUUACCUCCCAGUAGAGCUCAGGUACCAAAUCCUAGACUAUGUCGAACCCUUCCAACGGAUCAUCCACGUCGACUUGCCCCGAAACAUCAUUCCAAGCACACCAUCCACGCUCAUAGUCACACCCGUACGUCGACCUCGAAUCUUUUACGAAGAUUGGAUCUGGCAAGGCUACAACAAGAAAUACACCGAAACAACACUUCCUGGUUUCCGCACCCCUUUUUUCUUCUGUCCCAGGUUCGAUACUCUGUAUUUCACUUCUUCUGCAGCAGUGAAGAUUUUUCUGGAUGAAAACUCGCCCCCUGCUUCUAAUCCAGCUACAACCCCCGCACCUACACACUCUGAACAUCUCAAGAACAUGAGGGUCAGUAGACUAGCUGUCCGUUUCACUCGAGAUCUGAGCACUACAGACGGUAUCCAACCACUGAUAACCAUGCUCAAACUUUUCGCCACGGUGGAAGUCCUAGUCGUGACGGUACGAGAGAGGCAGAUUCCCAAAGCAGCUAAACUUAGAAACAAAAUCGUGGAGAGAAUAAGAGAGGUGUAUGCGAGGGAUAGAAAUGCUGCUAAGGAGGCUAAGAAGAGUGGUGACAGUCUAGAGGAGAUGUGGAAGAUGCCGGUGGUUAGGUUUGUGACUUGUGCUGAGUUUGGGGCCAAGAGAGGGGGUUAG